GUCUCAUAAAUGACCAUAAAAACAUCCAUGGAAAUGCACCAGUGCCCCCGCCCUCCAGGACUCCAAGGUGGAGAAAUCCCAGGCAGACUGCCUUCAACAGUCAGGGAACAUUCACCGCAAGAUAUUCUCAGCAAGCUCCAAGGGAUUUCCAAUCACCUCAAGGUAACUCCUGGAGGAAAAAAUACUCCCUUGUAAACAGACCGCCUGCAUCAACACAUCAUCCUGGAAGCAGUGCAUCUGCUAACACACUUCAGGCUUUUGUGAGCCAAAGGAAUAACCAGCCUCCUGGGCCACAGGGAACAGGCUCGGAAAGGCAAGUGGGCUUAGCAACAGGUGGUAUAGUCAUAGGAGUCAAACUGCCACAGAGGACUAGCUCAGCCUUGGACAAUAGAAACGUUAGUGAGUUGGGAUCCCAGCAGAGUUCCUCUGGGAUGAAAGCAGCCAUAGCUGCUCCAAAGGGAAAUGAAAAGGUUCAUGAAAGUUCUAGCUUUCAAAGUGUUGCUCAAAAAGAGGACAAAGAAACGUCUCUCUCUGUCUCCCAGAGUUCAUUGCACCAGCCUGCUGUUGCUGGAGGCAGAGAUGACGCAAGCCCAGCAUAUGCAAAGGAACUGGGCAAACUUCGGACUGCGAAACUGGCUAAAAGUGCCCCUGAGUUACGUGACGUUAUCAGUGAAAGUGCCAUAGCAUUAAAAUCCAAGCCUCAACAGCCUUCAGCACUUCCUGAUCGAGAAUCAGGCUGGUUGGUAGCCUGGAAGAAGCCAGUAGCACACGUUCCAUCUCACUGUAGUUCAGAGCAAGUCACGGCAGGAAGAGAUACUUUGAAGGAGCCAAAGACCCUUGGAAAAUCUGAGGCACACACAAGCUCACUUCAGGCUGUGACUUCAGAGGUUGGGAUAAACCCAGUGAAGAACCAGUUUGCAGUACCACACAAGCUCCCCAGUUUCCAAAGAGCUGCCUCAACGCCAGUCUCCAGUAAAGCUUCUAAGUUCAGGAAAACCAACUAUACGUGGGUAGCAAAUCCUAGUAAAUGCCCUCGUGCUGUAAAGAGAUGGACCAGCCCUAGAGCUUCUGAAAGCACUAGGAAGCUUUCUGUGGGAGCAGAGAGAACUGCUAAGCCACUGCCAAAGGGGGACUUGGGAGCAAAGCUGAAGAAAUCCGGAGUGCAUUUGAAGCUGGAUGCCUCUCCUAGUAAAUACAAAUGGAAAGCAUCCAGCCUACAGCCACCUUCUUCAGCUUCCAAGUCAGUGUUCAGGUGGCAGUCUGAGGGACGAAAGGAGGCUGGAGUCUCCCAGGUUUCCAGAGCCAACCUUGGCCUUCAGACUCUAAGCAACGCAUCCAUCGGUCAUGGUGGGUUGAAGUCAUCUUUCAACGAUGCUGCACUUUCCACUUAUAAAGUGAAGAGCCGGACCAAAAUCAUCAGGAGAAAGGGGAGUUGCUG